AUGGCCUUCUUCCCAGAACGUAACCCCUUCAAGACAGCAUUCCUGGUGGUGUUGAGCUGGUUCAAGGUCUGGGGCGCCCGCAUCGCCCAGGCCGGAAGCACCCCGCGGCGCCAGCAGUGGCCCCGCCGAAACGACCCGGAGGCGCUGCCCGACAUCACGCUGCAGCCGGUCGACUUGGUGCGGACGAGGCCGCCGCCGCCGCCGCCUCCGCCCCUGCCACCGCUGCCGUUUGACGAGGCCGUCCUGAGCUGGAUGCGCCUGUGGCACCGGCGCAUGGCCCACAGCAGUCUCGAGGCCCUGCUCACCAUGGGCAAGGGCGCGCCCGUGUGGAUGGAGACGCCGCUCAACCUGCCCGAGCCCGACAGGUUGGCUCCGUAUAGGGAUAAUUUGGAUUGCGAGGUUUGUGUGGAGCUGUAUGGCACGUCUGGGGGGCCGAGGUCCAAGCCCAAAAAAUUCCGCCAAAGUCUACGCAAGUCUUUCCUUGCAAGGCGUUCAAUGCACAAGGCGCGGAAAAAGCCGGCGAUUGUACCGAGACGGGAAACGUUGGUAUAUGACAGAUACAACGGUGGCAUGUUUUGAUCGCCGUGUCGGGACGAGACGGAACGUCUGGUCUAUGUUCGAGUGACAGAUGAUUUUUAUCCUCGGAUAGUCAUACUCGAAUUCGUUCCGGGUCGUGUGAAGUUAGUAGCGUGCUGGAUACCAAGGGGAAACUUAGUAGAGUACUAUGGGAAACAGGCCAAAUGUACAGUAUCUAAAGAGGAAGGGCUUGUUGUAAGAUGUGUGCUGAAAUGAUUAGCCAAAUCAGGUGGGAUGUUAAUAGACCGG